GGAAAACCUGAGACAGCAAGUGAACGUGCCAGGCUCAGAAGCCCAAGUGCCAUGCAGGGGUCCACCGCUGCCCUCGCUCUCAUGCUGGCCACUGCAGCCCUGUGCACACCUGCAUCGGCCUCCCCACACGCCUCGGACACCACGCCCUGCUGCUUCGGCUACAUCGGCCGCUCCGUGCCACGGGCCCACAUCCAGGAUUAUUUCUACACCAGCAGCAAGUGCUCCAUGCCGGCAGUCGUCUUUGUCACGCGAAAGAAACGCCAGGUGUGUGCCAACCCAGAGGACAGAUGGGUGAAGAAGUACAUCAACUCUAUGGAGAUGAACUAGGACAAAGGAAGCCAGGAACCUGAACUUGGACGCAUCUUUCCAUGCUUCUUUCUCCUGAAGAGUUUGAGAGGCUUCCCCUGCAGCAGCAGCAACCACCACCACCACCCCACCAGCAAUACUUCUUCCUGAUGGGCGCAGCUUUCACCCUAAGCAGCAGCUAGGAAACGCUCUAGGAGGCCCCAUGCUCUGCCUGUGAAUAUAAGACCCUGGCUCCAGGCCCUCUACGUGGCCUAGACCCUGCCCUCAGCAUAUCUCUUGCCUCUUGAGGCAAAGAGAGAAAACUGGGCCAUUAUGUUAAAGCAGUAGAACCAAAGCUCUCACUGGGAACCCUCGCUGGUUGGUCAAGGCUGAUUGGAAAAUGUGAGCACUUGCUUGCCAAUAAAAUUCAACACAAUUAAUUACCGUGCUGGCUCCUGGUGUGAUGAAGCCCCCUCCUCCUGCACAAGCAUUAAACUCACAGGGCCAGAGCUUGCACCUCACCGGCGCCCACCCAAGCCUGGGCAGCCACUGACACACAUGAGCACAGCUGUAGGGAGGGGCUCUGAGAAGGGGCCAGGGCAG